GCUGCACUGUGGGCUCUUCCUGUUAAUCCCAGAUCGGACCAUAUAAACAGGUAUAACGCGGAGAGGACGUUUAAUCAAUCCACGCCGCAAACCUUGGAUUAGGAUAAUACACUCUACUCCAUCAAAAAUGAAGGCAGAUAUCAUCUGGAUUUACAAACUUUUCUUGUGUGUUGUGCUCGCUGUGAAUUCAGAGUGCAGGAAGCAGUCGUUACAGCAGUACCAGAAGAGUGAGGACAACAGGCUGCUGUGUCCAGACUGCCCCCAGCCCUCCAUGGUCAAGAACAGCCGCUCGCUGGAGCACUGUGCUCGCAAGUGCAGCAAGAACAAAAAAACCUUCACCUGCAGGGCAUUCUACUUCGACCAUCAAAACAGGAAAUGCCACUUGCUUCCCUUUGACCGCUUCAUGGACGGUGCUCACAGGGAACACAGGGUGAACUUUGACCUUUAUGAGAAAAAAGAUUAUGUGAGGGAGUGUAUCAUCGGUUCCGGGGUGAACUACAAAGGCAGGAGGGCGGUAACCAAGGACAAGAUUCCCUGUCAGUCAUGGACUGAAUCCUUCCCUCACGAACACACCUUCCAGCCAGCGAGACUGGGCAAGAAGGACCUGAACGGGAACUUCUGCCGUAACCCAAGAACGAGAGCAGUGGGCCCUGGUGUUUCACUACAGACCCAGAGGUCAGGCACCAAGAGUGUGGCCUGCCUCAGUGCUCCAAGGUACCCUGAUAAAGGGCUGAAUGACAACUACUGUCGGAAUCCGGACAACCGUCUGCGUCCGUGGUGUUACACCAUGGACCCACAAACACCCUGGGAGUACGCAACAUCAUGUGUGUGGUGA